AUGGCCCAAAAAGUGUACACUCCAUCGCACAUUUUUCGGUUUAUCCCGAACAUAAUAGGUUAUGUUCGUGUGCUGACACUGAUUGCAUCGCUUUUCACGAUGCAAAACCAUCCAAAAUUCACCAUGUGGGUGCUAUACUCGACCUCCUGUUUGCUGGAUGCCUUUGAUGGAUACGCGGCCAGAAAAUUGGACCAAAGCACCACCUUUGGUGCGGUUCUGGACAUGGUCACCGACCGUUGCUCGACCUGUUCGCUUAUUGUAUUUUUGACCAGAUUGUACCCCAAUUGGUUCAUCCUUUGGCAGAUGCUCAUUUCUUUAGACUUGGCCUCGCACUAUCUUCACAUGUAUGCCAGUAUCACCAGCGGAUCCAAGAGCCACAAGUCCAUGAAAAAAGACACAAACAUUCUCCUCAAGCUGUACUACGAAAACCGUAUAGUCCUGUUCUUGGUUUGUGCCCUGAACGAACUAUUCUACAUGGCCCUUUACCUCGACUACUAUAAGUUCAGAGCUUUGCCUUUGAUUGGUAUUUCGUUCCCAAGACUCCUCAUUUAUGUGUCUGCACCUGUCUGGUUUUUCAAGCAGGUCACAAAUGUGAUCCAGCUCAUGCAAGCCUGCACCACGCUCGCCCAACAAGACGCACAAACAUACAACCUAAAAAAUUCUUAG